GAGAUAUUUAAGCGGGAAAAUUCAAACUGGCACUGACCAUGGCUCUGACGCUCUGACCAUUUGGAUUGGACUCUGCGGACUCGAACAACGUUCCGACUUCCACUUAAUUGGCACUGCGCGUUGUGCAACGUCCCUCUGCUGACCUAAGAAACUAAUUUGGAAUCCACUUCUAAUUGAGAAUACAGCACAUUUGGGAUUCUUCCUCCGAGGCUCAUGGCAACAAUGGCCACCGCUCAGAGGGGCGGCGCGCUCGGGUCUCGAAUUAUCUUCAAGUCCAAAGGGUCCAAAGCAGUCCACAGUGGCGUGGGCGUUGUAACUCGUUACCAUGAAUGACCAUGCCAUGGCGUUUAUCGCGUCAAUGGGCACCGAGCUUGCUUGUCGCGGUGCAGUCCCAUCCUCGCUACUUGAUCGAGAUAUGGCUGUACUGCAUCGUGGCGGUCGUCCUCGGGGUGGCCGUUUUGAUUAGAAAUCGUCCGAGUAGGCCUCUGGAAUUAUUUUUCUUCCUCGACGACACCAUCAAUGACCCGGGCCCCGAGAGCUUGUCGUCCCUCCUCGAAGGCCAGGAGGCCGAGGAGGCCCAGGAGGCCGCGCUGGACGACGCCGACCGCCUCUCGGCGGGCGACGCGGGGGCGGGAGACGCUGUCGGCGCCGACCUGCGCCACUGGGUGAGGGAGGCCCUCGCCGCCCCGGCCGCCGCCGCCGCCGCCAGCCUGCAGGUGGACAGCACCGUCCACCCCGUCCAGGUCCAUGCGGCGUGCGCGGCUUGUCAUGCCGCCCUCACGAGCACCGACGUCGUUCCAAUGACGUCAUCUGACGCAUUGCUGGCAGAAGAGGACGAGGACGUUGUCGUCGAGGACCUCGAUGAGGACGUCGACGGGGAUGUCCUUGACGAUGGCGAGUUUGUGUUGAGUGUUGGUGACUCCACGCUCACUCUCGGGGGAGACCAGAGCUCGGAGGCUGUGCAGCACGUGCAGCACGAGUCCGAGGUCCAGGAUGAGCCAGCGGGAGCUCCUCCACCGCGAGGGAACAUGGUGGAGUACGUGUCGGCCCGGUACCAGAGCUUCAAGAAGGCGGCCCUGGCGGAGAAGCUCUUGGCCGUCGACCCGGGCGCUUUGACGUCGACCCUGCUCUCCUCGGAGAAAGACCUGCUUGCCAUCCUGUCACUCGCCCUCAAGCCACGACGAGCUGGCGCAAGCUGGCGCGGGCGCCAACAGGGCAAUUAAUUAAAGAACUGGCUCUUCCGCACCCA